GAAUAAUAGGUUGUUCAAAACGAUAAAAUCUAAAUUUUCUCCAUUUUUAUGAUUCCAUUUUCAUCAAACCGAUAUAAGUAAAAUUCUCCUCACGUCAACUUGGAUUCCCAAAAUCCAAUCAUGGAUGACACAUACCCGAAACCAUUAACCAUACAUUGGGUCUCCACCCCCAACUCGUCCGAGUUCACCCUACUGAGUUGGGCACUGACUCACUCUUCACUCGUUGCCCUUGACGCUGAAUGGAAGCCAUUUCGCUCUCACACCACCCAACCCACUAACUCUAACCAAGACCGCACCUUCCCAACCGUCUCUCUCCUCCAACUCGCUUGCCGACUCGUCGAGGACUCGGCCGAGUCCACUCAAGAUGACUCGGUCGUUUUUCUCGUCGACUUGGAAUCGAUCCCUUUUGGUUUGAUUUACGAGCAAUUGAAAGGGAUGUUUGUUGAUGAGAAAGUGUUGAAAUUGGGUUUUCGAUUUAAGCAGGAUUUGGUGUAUUUGUCUUCUACGUUUUGUUCGAAUGGUUGUGAACCUGGGUUUGAUUUGGUCGAACCGUUUAUUGACAUAUCUAGCAUUUAUCAUCACUUACAACAAAGGCAACAUGGAAGGAAGAUAGGAAAGAAUAGCAAGAGUUUGGCAGCUAUUUGUGAGGAAUUGUUGGGAGUGUCUAUUUCGAAGGAACUUCAAUGUAGUGAUUGGUCUGAACGCCCCCUUACGGAGGAGCAAAAGACAUACGCUGCAGUAGAUGCUCACUGUCUACUUGAGAUAUUUGAUAUCUUCCAAUUCAAGGUUGACAACGAAGGGGAAUCAGUUCCUGAAGUUGAUUUGCUUGGUUUCCCUAUUUUAAGUCUUGGGUUGAAAGAAGUUCUUGAGACGUCUACUGUCUGUAAGAGAAUAGUAAGUAGUAGAGUCAAUAAGGCUUCAAGUAUUGUCAGAGCAACAGCAGCUACUGAUGUCUUCAAAAACGAGAUCUCUACGGACGUGGUUGUUUCUGACUCAUUAUGCAGGCAGACUGUACCAUUGGACGAGUCCCUUUCAAGAAUUAUUUCUAACCAUGGCAGUAAAAUAUUGUUGAACGAUUCAGACAGAAAACCUAGAAAUUCUAAAAAGAAGGGGAAGAAACAUUCUAAACCGAGUUUGAAUCGAAAAACAAAAGGUGCAGAUUGUGCUGAUGAUUGGCAAGGCCUUCCGCCAUGGAAAUCAUUGGAUGCUGGCGAUGGAUGCCCAAAGUUCCUCUGUGAUGUGAUGGUUGAAGGAUUGGCGAAACAUCUACGUUGUGUUGGAAUUGAUGCCGCAAUCCCCUACUCAAAGAAACCUGAGAGCAGGGAACUAAUAGAGCAGGCACAGAGGGAGAAAAGAGUCAUCUUGACUCGGGAUGCGAAGUUGUUGAGGCAUGAUUAUUUGUUAAACAAUCAAAUAUACAGGGUGAAGAGCCUUCUCAAGAACGAACAACUACUUGAGGUUAUUCAGACAUUUCAGUUAGAGAUUUCCGAGGACCGGCUAAUGUCAAGGUGCACAAAAUGCAAUGGAAAGUUUAUUCAAAAACCGCUAACAACAGAAGAGGCUGUCGAAGCUGCCAAAGGUUUUCAGAAAAUUCCUAAUUGUCUCUUUAACAAGAAUAUAGAGUUUUGGCAGUGCAUGGACUGCAAUCAGCUAUACUGGGAGGGAACACAGUACCAUAACGCGGUCCAGAAAUUCAUCAACAUUUGUAGUCUGAGUGAAUAAUCGACUACCUCUCAUUUUCGAAUGAAGUUGGUGUUGCCUAUCAGAAAUGACUAUAUCCUUGGCAAACUUCUUGUUUGUGAACAUAUGCUAUGUUGUUUAUAUAUGCAUUCUUGUAAAAAAGUUUCAAAUGUGUUGCAAUUCUACUAAGUUAAAUUUCUCUGUUGAGGGUAUAAUGUUUUUACCCCGAUCUACAUCAAUGGUGAUAGAUACAACACACGUUACUUAAAUUAUUCUACUUAAAUCAUUGAGGAGUA